AUGGCUCCCACCGAAGUACAAGAACAAAAACGGAAAUACGGAGAAGUGUUUGCGAAAUACGAGCGGGAGAAUAAAACCGAGGUUGAAUCAUGGAGAAAAGCACUUGUGGAUGCAAGUAACAUUUCUGAAUGGGAACCCAAGCACAUUGCCAAUGGGCAUGAAGCAAAAGACAUCAAACAAAUUGUAUACGAAAUUUCACAGAAGUUGCAGCCAAUAACUUCAAGUUUAAAUGAUCAAAACCUAGUCGGAAUGGCUGCUCGGUUGCAAGGUUUGAAAUUGGAGUUAAUAAUUGGGUCAGGUGGUGUUCGAAUGGUUGGAAUAUGGGGUGUUGGGGGUGGUGGUAAGAUUACUCUUGCUUCUUCUAUCUACAAUGAAAUUUUUACCAAGUUUAACAGCUACUGCUUUGUAGAAAGUAUUCGAGAGGAAUCAGGCAGGUAUGGUUUGGGAAAACUAAAAGACAAAAUUCUUUCACAAAUGGGAGUAAACAGAGCUGGAGGAGGAAGAUCCUUGAUAAAUUAUAGGUUUCUCUAUAGAAAGGUCCUGAUUGUUCUAGAUGAUGUCGAUCACCCUGAUCAACUAAAAGCGUUAGCUGGAUCACGUGAUUGGUUUGGUGAAGGAAGCUAA